AUGUUCCAUUUCGAAGUCGCCCUGGACUUACAUGCCGGCUCUACAUUCCCCAACGGCUCCGAGCUUCGAGGCAUAGUCGACCUCGCCAUUUGCCAGCCACGGUUGUAUGACCAUAGCUGGAGAUCUGUAACUUCAGUGUCAGGACCAAGAGAGCUGCACAUCUCCCAGUCCGAGCCGGAAUUUUGGGACCACGGUGAGCGGGUGGAAGCCUUUGCAUCUCCAGUCACCCAGCCCCACUCUACCAAUCGCGAUCAGCGCCAUACAAUCCGUGUUCCGUUCCUAGAUGACAACUGGGCAAAGAAGUUCGCUGGUCUAGCUGAACAUAUCGUUACGAAGCAUAUAAGAGACCAGAAGCGCACAGCCCACAAGGCCCCGGAAGCGCGUCAGGAUGCUUACCCUCAUACGUCAGGGGGCUGCAGGGUCCCAAGCGCCAUGCAACUCUUAUCGAACAUUGCCAUGUACCAGGAAGUCUGCCCCAGUACGACCUGCGCUGUUGCACAGGAACAGCCAGAGCCCCAAACUCCCGACGAGUUCGCCAGCGUAGAAACCCAAGCGCUCCUUUACCCCUGUGGUCCAAGCCACUUCCCAAUCUUCAAUGACGGCAGCUUUCCCACGGGCUUUUCGGACACGUACAUUCCAGAUAUCAGCGCUGCCAUGCCGUGGAAUAACGGUCGCAACUCUGUCUGGGAUUGGGAUCCUCUGCUGGGUGCGACCCUGGGACUAGGUGUGCCGUGGUGUUCUGGAUACAACAGUGAGGCGAGUCUGACCAGGGCCGACAGCACGGGGCUCAUGGCGUCAUAUAUCCAAGCGCAGAGCCAGGGGCAGAAGAGGAUGAGCAAAGAGCAUGAUGCGGAAACGACUAUGCAAAACGGUAUGGGUGCGAAACGGAUACACCUCGUCCUUUCAAUGCCGUGA